GUAUAUGACAGGCCACAGAAACAUUCUGCUCUGCACUAUGAUCCAGGCCUCCAACAAGACUUCACUGGUGACACCUUAAAAUCAAAGUACCAGCAGAAAAGUAGCAACCAGCACCGUCUUGACUGGUCAGCAAGCUCCGACACUUUAUCCACUUCUCAAAGUUGUUUCAUCAACGCAGAACCCAGUCGAGAAGCAGUUAGUGCCACCAAGGUCACCACUCCAGAACCAGGAGUUUCCUUCAGCAAAUCCCAAGCAAAGAAGUCCUGUGCCAGUAGCACAUGGGGGCAGCUGUUGGCCAGCGGCAAAGAGCUUGCCAUCUACAGUGCAGUCCCAUCGCCCAACAACAUUAGUGCGGCUGCCCAGCCAAGCAGCACUUCUGAGUGCAAUGGGCUGUUGCCUCUUGGUAAUCAAGAGGGAGGAGUGCAGCUGGAGGCUCCCGAUCAGCCUGCUGGGAGUACAAAGAAGUCCAGCAAAAAGGACUUGAUAAGUCAAACCAUCCAAACUGCAGACAUUGAAUGGGUGAAGAGCGCUCAGAAAGCAUUUGAUAGCAAAUCCAAUGACAGCAUGGAAGGAAAAAAGGAGUCUUACUCGAUGGACACUGUGUUGGAUGCAUCACCCUUGCAGAAUCCCACUUCUGCUAGCAGUUGUGAAAGUGACACCAGUCAUGUACGAAUUACUAUCCCAAUGAAGUCUCCAACAACAGAUACAUCUGGCCACAAAAGAAAAAAAAGGCAAUCUACAAAAUCUUCCAUGGAGAAAACUAUCCAGGAGAAAAGCCUGCCUUCUGCACUUGCUAUGAGCAGUGAAGUAGCAAACAGGACUAGUUCUCAGUCAGAGGGAAGUAAAAAAGACCUUCGAGCCACAAAGCCAGGGAAAGUGAUUGAAAAUGAGUCCCCCUUAGUAGCUGCUGACAGCAGUGUGCUUACUGACAAAGCUUCCCCCAACAGUGCCACCAGACUCAGAAAAUCUGUAGCUGUGACAUCCACUCUCCUAUCCACCAAUCUUCCCACAGCUAGCAAAUUAUUUGAGAUCCAGCGCCCCAAACUUGCACCUAAGAGGCGAUGGACCUGCAGCAAACCUAAAUCUAUCCUUCGGGAGACCUCCAUGACAGCAUCUGAGAAGCUGAUGGUGGAGCCUCCUUCAGCCUAUCCCAUCACACCAUCCAGCCCUCUGUAUACCAAUACAGACAGUCUUACUGUGAUCACACCUGUCAAGAAAAAAAGAGGACGACCAAAGAAACAGCCUUUGCUCACUGUUGAAACCAUUCAUGAGGGAACCUCUACCAGCCCAGUGAGUCCAAUCAAUUGUGAAUUUCCAGGAACAAAAAAAAGGAAGAGGAGACGGAAUCUGGCCAAGUUGGCCCAGAUGGUCCCAGGAGAGGACAAGUCCAUUAGUGAACUCAAGUUUCACAAAAAGGUUGGGAAGCUUGGGGUCUUGGAUAAGAAGACUAUUAAGACCAUUAACAAGAUGAAGACCCUCAAGAGGAAGAAUAUUCUCAAUCAGAUCUUGUCCUCCUGCUCCAGCAGCAUAGCUCUGAAAGCAAAAGUCCAGCCACCAUCUAGUGCUGGGCCAACAACCAUUGAUGCCAGGCUAGGGAAGCAGAUCAAUGUCAGCAAGAGGGGGACUAUCUACAUUGGUAAAAAACGGGGCAGGAAGCCAAGAGCAGAGCUGCAGCCUCAACCAGAAGAACCUAAGACAGCCAUCAAGCACUCAAGGCCUGUUUCCAGCCAGCCAGAAAACCCAGCAGUGCCUUCCAACUUGCAGUCACUUGUGGCAUCAUCACCAGCAGCUAUUCAUCAGCUUUCGAUACAGUUAGUGGGGACUAAUGGCAACCUUAGCCCUGCAAGUACUGAAACAUUUUUUUCAGAGUUAAAAACUAUGCCAAAUCUUCAACCUAUCAGUGCUCUUUCUACAAAAAUACAGAAAGGAAUGCUCAGUGGAACUUGGAAGCUGUCUCCACCCAGAUUAAUGGCUAAUUCACCUUCCCACCUCUGUGAAAUAGGUUCUCUGAAAGAAGUCACACUGUCGCCAGUGAGUGAGUCUCACAGCGAAGAAACCAUACCAAGUGACAGCGGGAUAGGUACAGACAACAACAGCACUUCUGACCAAGCUGAGAAAAGCUCAGAAUCCCGCCGGAGAUACUCCUUUGAUUUCUGCAGCCUGGACAAUCCAGAGGCUAUCCCAUCUGACACCAGCACAAAGAACAGGCAUGGUCACCGGCAGAAACAUCUAAUUAUGGAUAACUUUCUCUCUCAUGAGAGCAUUAAAAAGCCAAAGCACAAGAGGAAAAGGAAAAGCCUGCAGAAUAGAGAUGACCUCCAGUUUCUGGCAGACCUUGAGGAACUCAUCGAUAAGUUUCAAGUGUUCAGGAUUUCCCAUCAAAGUUACACAUUUUAUCAUGAAAAUCCAUAUCCCAGCAUCUUCAGGAUUAAUUUUGAUCACUACUAUCCUGUGCCAUAUAUCCAGUAUGACCCAUUGCUCUGUCUUCGCAGGACCUCUGACAUGAAAUCUAAGAAGAAGCGUGGUAGACCUGCCAAAACCAAUGACACCAUGACAAAGGUGCCUUUUUUACAAGGGUUCGGUUACCCUAUUCCCAGUGGGAGUUACUAUGCACCCUAUGGAAUGCCUUACACAUCAAUGCCUAUGAUGAAUCUUGGUUAUUAUGGUCAGUAUCCAGCUCCUUUGUACCUGUCUCACACGCUCAGAGCAGCUUCCCCAUUUAUGAGACCUACCGUGCCCCCACCCCAAUUCCAUGUGAGCUCUCAUAUGAAGAUGUCCACCACUGCCAAGCAUAAAACAAAACACGGAGGGCACCUACAAACUUCUGUGGGAAUGGGCCUUGGAGACAUGCAGUCCUCUCUGGCUCCUCCAAAGGUUGGAGGAACAAGCCUUUCAAGUGGCCGACUUCACAAAAGGAAACACAAACAUAAGCACAAGCAUAAGGAUGAGCAGAUAUUGGGGAUGCAUGAAGAUCUGAGUGGUCUCUUUGAUAGCAAGUCCACUGGCUUCUCCAGCCAUGCGAUCAAUGAAAGGCUAAGUGGCUCAGAUAAAGAUUUGUCCUUGCUCAAUGAGAAAAGCAAGCAUAAGGAGAAGCAGAAGCACCAGCAUUGUGAAACUGGGCACAAAUGCUCAAAGAGUAAUUUUGAAGUGGAUACAAUGUCUACGUUAUCACUUUCUGAUGCCCAGCAGUGGACACAGAGUAAAGAAAAAAGUGACUCAAGCAAUGAUCCAAUCGACUCUUGCACAAAAAGAUACUCUGGUAAUACUGAGAGUAAUGCAAGAUCAGAGUCUCUGGACAUGUUUGGUGAAAUGAAUUCCUCAAAUGAGAAGCGGGACAAUGAUGCAAGUGAGAAUAAAAGAAGAAGCUUUGAAGGGUUUGGAACUUACAGGGAAAAGGACAUUCAGCCCUUCAGGACAAGUAGGAAGGACAGAAGUACUUAUGAUUCUUCAUCCUCUUCAG